UUUUGAGUCGUCAGUGACGGAAGACUCGGAUCGUAAAGCAUUGCUUCGUCAAGCUUGGUCUAUUCGUUAAACUGCCCAGAGGGUACCAGUCGGGUGUAUCGGGUGCAUCCUGUGCUGGAUGAGCAAUGAGCAUCUCGCGGCAUGUCGCCCUUACGACAUGUCGAUGCAGUGAAGCUACGAAAGCAAUCAUCUGCGCCCGGGCGCGGACUGCUUACGUACCGCGGUGCCGUCUCUCACGGUAGCUCCCGAGUCACAACGCAGCAUCACGCUCCGAAGACCUUCCACUCACAGGGCAAUAUAGGCGACAAGCUAUGUCUACGUACAGUACUGCAUACCCGUAGCGAUGCUUUUGACCAGACUAACAUCACAGACAGCACACUAGAUGUUGAAUCCAUCGACACUGGUUACAUGUACACUGCGUUUGCUGUAGUAAUCUUCUACGACCACAUUCUCUAUCUGGAUCAGGAAUAUAGCCUCUUCUGGCGCAAGAAAUUUAUCGCUUCAUCUGUAAUCUUCAUCGUGAACCGCUAUUUCUCCUGAUAUACGGCGUCAUCUGUCUCUUGCAAAUCCCAAUGUGGACCACGUCUAUGGUGAGCCGACAUGCUUUGGAGUGGGCACUUACACUGACGUUGGCAUAGGGGUAUGCCUUGGCAUAUCAAAUACAUACAUACAGCUCAAUCUCAUAUGAUGUUUGGUCUAUAGUUGCGAAGCGACA